GGAGAACUCAAAUGACAGCUACCGGUCCAAUGCAUCACACCAAAAUUCUGCCGGAAGUUUGAGGGAAAAUGUUAUGUUAGAUCCAACUGAUUCAAGGGCUGUUGCUAUUGGAAAGGAAAAGUCUAAUCAAGUUGGUAAGAAAAAUUCUGCUCGCAAAUUUCAGUAUCAUCCUAUGGGAAAUUUGGAUGAAGAUGUAGAUCCUCCAUAUGGAUUGCAAAAGCCUAUCCAUACACAGGCAAUGGCCCCACAGAAUGCCCACUUUGGACACUCAAAGUUUUUGAUUCAGGGGCAAUCAUCUGAUGUUCUAAGAGAUGGAAAAGGCCUGGCUGAAGUGUUGAAGAAGGUGACCGGAGAGAUGCAGGGAUGGUUGAAGAUCACAUUGGCGGCGGUGUCGACCAGAGUUCUUGUUUCUCUGGUGAUUAUGGUUAUCCAGAAAGCAUGUUGUCGUGGGAGAUGA